AUGGACCGCGGGCAGCACGGACACGUCGGGGCCACGGCCUGCGCCAACGCGGCUUCAGGGGCCACCCUAGCCGAGUUCCAGUCGCAGAGCGAAUUCGACGUGGCUUAUAACUUGUGCACGCCCCGUGUGGUGACCAUCCCCGACUGGUGCUGGACCGGCGUCUACACCGACCCGGGUCCUAACAACCGCACCUGCUGUUGGAAGUUCGGCAACGACGGCGACCCGACCUGGCUGCGCAGCAACGGAAGCCAGGUCUGGGCCUCUUCGGAGCCCAACAACGCCUCGGGAGAGCAGUACUGCGCGGCCCUCGGCUACUUGACCGGCGGCAUGGACGACACCGAGUGCGCCAACCAGAUGGGUGUGAUGUGCUCCCUGCUCGCCGUGGCGGUCAGCCCGUCACCCUCGAACUCGCCUACGCCCUCGCCCUCGGCCAGUCAAUCACCCUCCACCUCCACAACCGCCAGCCCGUCCCCCUCAGCCAGCCUCACGCCGUCGGCCUCCCCCACCGCCAGCCCGUCGCCGUCGAACGUGCCGGUGCUGACCGUGGUGCAGAACGUGACCGCCGUCAUCGACAACGAGCUGCCCACUAUCAGCAUCUCUGCUCCCACCACCACCACCGCAGGAGAGGAGAGCACGGUCGGCGUGACGUCGUCGUUCCAGAAUGUACAAGUGGGAUCCAAUACCCCUGCCACCUUGGAAGCGUCGGAUGUGACUGUCACGGUGGAGGACAGGCCGGCCUCGACCGACCCGGAGUCGACCGCCACCGUGCCGACCCACAUCUACAGGUCGGUGCUGCCGGACACGACCACCACCUUCGAGCAGAGCUUCGCCUUCCACAACCAUUCAGCCCAGGGCCAGUUCGCACAGAUUGGCUUCACCAUCGGCUCCAGCACGCUCAAGUGGUCCAUCAACGUCACGGGGGCCUCGAGCGAGCAGCUCACCGUGCGCUACCGCCUCGCCACACUGGGUUCCUCGGCCGCGGACGCCAUCGACAGCUCGCAGCCGGUCAUCGUCCGACGAAGCCUCCCGCGGGCCAACAUGACCACCUAUUACUUCACCCUGCUCUCCACGUCAUCAUCGCCUUCUUCUACAUCGUCAUCAUCGCGCGUAACGGCCAAGGUGGAGGUCUUUGACGUGGCCCUGGUCGACAGUCUCACCGUGCCGCUGGUGGGUCACAGCGUGGUGCUCGUCAACGCCUCGGCCGCCCAGCCCGAGUACGUGCUCGAGCUCACCUUCCCGGCCUUCGCCCACUCGCUCUUCUAUGACCCGUCGAUCAGCAUGGGCGUGCUGCUCAACACCCGCGAGAAGUCCAGCUCGAGUGACGACAACUCUCUGGUGAUCGCCGUGGCCGUCGCGGUACCGGUGGCCCUCCUCAUCGUGGUCAUCGCCGCCUCAGCCGCCACCGUCUGGACCAAGGUCCACCGGACCCGCCUUCGCGAGCGAGUGCGGCAGCAAACCCUGGCGUUCAACAUGACCACAUUGUAG